AUGAUGGUGGAAACGGCAGAGGACGACGAGGUAGACGAGCUGGCAGUUGUGCUGGUCGAGCUGGUGGAAGAAGCUUCGGUAGACGAGGUACUUUUGGAGCUUGUAGUGGAGCUUGUAGAGCUGGAGCUGGUGGAACUCGAUGACGUGGUAGAGCUAGUGGAGCUUGAUGAUGUAGUAGAUGUAGAAGAGCUGGUGGAAGAGCUCUCGGUGGAAGCUUCACUGGAGGACUCAGAAGAAGCCUCGGUAGAAGACUCGGUGGAAGCUUUAGUAGAAGACUCGCUCGUGGCCGAGGUGGUGGUCACCGAGCUGGCAGAGGUAGAGGUUGCAGAAGUGGAGGAGCCGGUCUCGCCAGUAGACAAGUUUUCCACAUCGACAGAGUUCACCAGAUUGAAGUCCUCCGUGGAAACAGUGGCCGCACUGGAAGUCUGUUCAGCAGAAGUCACAGACGAAGACUCAGUCGUUCCUUGGCUCAAACUCGUAGAAGUGCUAGAAGUGCUGGUUGUAGUUGGCUCAGGACUGCUGGUCUGUGUCUGA